AGUUGGAGUUGUGUUGGUUAUCAUCAGAAAUUAAGUAAAAUUAGCUAGAAAAAUGGCAAAUGCAGCUCAAUUAGAGGAAAUUAAGAAGCUCCAGGAGUCCAAGACCAUUGGUAUCAUUGGGUUGGGUGACAUGGGUCUAUUAUAUGCUAAAAAGUUCUCAAAUGCUGGUUGGAAAGUAGUGGGUUGUGACAGAGAAGAAAACUUUGAUCGAUUUGUUGAAACUCAUAAAAAUGAGAGGUUCAAAGUUCUUAGAAAUGGCCAUUUUGUUUCAAGAGUAAGUGAUUAUAUUAUUUACAGUGUUGAGGCUGAAAACAUUGACAAAAUAGUUUCACUUUACGGUCCUUCCUCGAAAUUUGACAGCAUUGUUGGUGGUCAAACCUCAUGUAAAGCACCCGAAAUUGAGGCAUUUGAGAAAUAUUUGCCUGAUGAUAUCAACAUCAUAUCUGUGCAUUCCUUACACGGUCCUGGGGUAACAACUACUGGCCAGCCUUUAGUUAUAAUCAAUCAUAGAUCUAAUCCUGAAAAUUUCAGAUUUGUCAAUUUACUAAUGUCUUGUCUCAAUUCAAAAGUAGUUUAUCUAUCUGCAGUUGAACAUGAUAAAAUUACUGCUGAUACUCAAGCUGUAACUCAUGCUGCUUUUCUAAGCAUGGGUGUCGCUUGGAGAAAGAUUCAAGUAUAUCCUUGGUAUCAUCAAAGAUGGGUUGGUGGUAUUGAAAAUGUUAAAAUCAAUAUCUCAAUGAGAAUUUAUGGAAAUAAAUGGCAUGUUUAUGCUGGUUUGGCUAUAACAAAUCCCUCAGCCCACGAUCAAAUUUUACAAUAUGCAAAUUCAGUCACUGAAUUAUUUACUUUGAUGAUUCAAGGAGAUAAAGAAAAAUUAAGACAAAACUUAUACAUUGCUAGAGAUAAAAUAUUUGGCCAUAUUAUUAAAACCAAGCAAGAAUUAUUAUUGGAUGAUAAGCUUUUGGCUCAAUACUCUUUAUCAAAAGUUCCUCCUGGUCCAAAAAAGUCCAAUUCUCAUCUAUCCUUAUUGGCAAUCGUUUAUUCAUGGUACAAAUUAGACCUUUUUCCCUACGAUCAUAUUAUUUGCUCAACUCCUUUAUUUAGAAUCUUUUUAGGUGUAACUGAAUAUUUAUUUUGCACUCCCAACCUACUAGAUGAAUGUAUUGAAGAUGCAAUUACUGAAACUUCUUUUAGAAGUGAUGAUUUAGAAUUCGUUAUUGCUGCAAGAAAUUGGAGCAGAAUUGUCAGACACAAAAGUUUCGAACUUUAUCAAAAAGAAUUUGAAAAAACUCAAGAUUUUUUCAAGGAUAAUCAAGACGAAGCUAAUAAAAUCGGCAAUGAAAUGUUCAGGGUCAUUUUACAAAGGGUUAAAGAAUAUGAAUCAGACCAAUCUGAUAUUGAUCCAUGAUAUUAAAACCUCAAAAUUUUAACAUAUUACUUCAAAAACUUUUUUAUUAGCUUGACCAGUUUGAUUGUUAAAAAAUUUAAUUUUUUUAGCAAUUUAUUCAAUCUAAUUAGUCUGUACUUUAA